AUGGCUCGUCGGGUCGUCUACUGCGCCGUGCGACUCGCGGCUUUGAGACGACCGGUUGUUUCGGUUGGUGUUGCUCCUUCUACAUGGACUCGUCUGUCUCUUUCUGUACCUUUGAAAGCAUCAGUGAAUCUGUAUCCGACACGAUCGUUUGCGAAAGUGAAGAAGAGUAAAAACAAUAAGAACAAAUCCACUACAUUUGCUGCUCUUGUGGCCGAUGAGGAUGCUUUAGAUGGAAGGGAUGAGGAAGACGGAGGUGCUGUACAAGCACUGGAGAAGGCCAAGAAAAAUAUGAACGGUGCCGUUGUGAAUUUCACGCGUGCAUUGAGUCAGAUGCGACCGGGUCGAGCAGAUGCCGGUGUUUUCGAUGAGCUACACGUCCAGGCAUACGGUCAACACGUGCCACUUGCUCAAGUGGCGCAGGUGGCAGUGGUUGGUACACACGCACUGUGUGUGUCAGUAUAUGAUCCGUCGCUGAUGCAGGACGUAAAGAAAAGUAUUGAAGGCACAAAUCCAGUCUAUUCAGUGCGAGAAGAUGCAAGUUCUCUGGAGAUCUCCUUCCCCAAGAUGACAAAGGAGACGCGGGCUGAGUUGCUCAAAGCCGCCAAGAAGCAGGCGGAGCAGGCUCGACAGCAUGUGCGCCGUGUGCGUCAGGAUGCUAUGAACCAUGCGAAGAAACUCAAGGAAACUGUCUCGGAAGAUGCUAUGGAGGUGCAGAAGGAACGCAUCCAGAAAGUGACUGACGACGCCACGGCGGAGAUUGGCAAGCUACUGGAAGCCAAGGAGAAGGACCUCAAUACUGUCUAA